UCUGUGAUGAACAGUCAAGCUAAACAGAGAGAGAGAGAGGGAGAGAAGAGGAAAGCAGCAGCAGAGAGAAAGGAUCAGUAAAGAGAUCGUAUGGUAGAAAGAGACAGAGAGCAAGGGAUUGAGAUACAGAGACAGAGCGGUAGAAGAGAGGAGGCAGACAUACAGAGGUUACGCUUAAAGAGCUAAUCCAUGAAAGAAGCCAUGCCUGUCCUCUCAGCAGGUGCAGGGUUGCAUGAGACGCUGGCCCUGCUGACCUCUCAGCUGCGUCCAGAUGCCAAUCAUAAAGAGGACAUGGUCUUCCUCAAAGAUGUCUUCAGUGAGAAGAGCCUUGGCUAUCUUAUGAAGAUCCAUGAGAAGCUGCGUCAGUACGAGAGACAGAGCCCCACGCCUGUGCUACACAGCGCCUCCUCUCUGGCAGAGGAUGUUGCUGAGGAGUUGCAGAGUGGCCCAAUGAGUGUAGAGGAGAAAGAACUACUUCAUCUGCUGACAUCAUCUCACCUACGGGCGGUUCUGUCAGUUCAUGACACAGUGGCCCAGAAGAACUUUGACCCGGUGCUGCCUCCACUCCCUGACGACUUUGAGGACGAGAUAGAGGAGGAGUCAGUCAAAAUCGUCCGUCUGGUCAAGAACAAGGAGCCUCUGGGGGCCACCAUACGGCGUGAUGAAGCUACAGGAGCUGUGAUUGUAGCCCGAGUUAUGAAGGGAGGAGCAGCAGAUAGAAGUGGUCUGGUGCAUGUUGGUGAUGAACUGAGAGAAGUCAACGGAAUCUCCGUAACACACAAGCGACCAGACGAGAUCAGCCAACUACUGUCUCAAUCUCAAGGCUCCAUCACUCUGAAAAUCAUCCCAGCUAUUAAAGAGGAGGACAGGCUGAAAGAAAGCAAGGUUUACAUGCGGGCUCUGUUUGACUACAUCCCUCUGGAGGACAAGGCCACGCCCUGCCAGGAGGCGGGGCUUCCUUUUAAGCGUGGGGACAUCCUGCAGGUGGUGAGUCAGGAUGACGGUACCUGGUGGCAGGCAAAGAGAAUAGGAGACAGCAACCUGCGUGCUGGACUCGUACCAUCCAAACAGUUCCAGGAGAGGCGUUUGGCUUACAGGCUCAAAAUGGGGACUCUGCAGAAUCCCAAGUCACCACAAAAACCUGUCUACGACCAGGGAUGUGAAAAAGACGACUGUGACUGUGAGGGCUAUUUCAAUGGACACUACAUAGUCUCUCCGAAGUGUAAAGCGGUGGCGCCCUCCUGUGGCCAGGUGUUUUCCUGGGACUUUUAUUCAGCUGGUUUGAGGAGGAGUUUUCGCCUGAGCCGGAAAGAUCGCCAGGGGUCUUCAGGAGAGGCCAACGCGUCGGACCCAGGCGAACCAGACUUCCUGACCUAUGAGGAAGUGACGCGAUACCAGCAGCGACCCAAUGAGAGACCUCGGCUGGUGGUGCUUAUCGGUUCUCUUGGAGCACGCAUCAACGAGCUGAAGCAGAAAGUAAUAGCAGAAAACCCCCAUCGCUAUGCUGUGGCUGUACCUCACACCACACGACCUAAGAAGAGUCAUGAGAAGGAGGGUGUGGAGUACCAUUUUGUCACCAAGCAGGCCUUUGACGCUGACGCCCAGAACAACAAGUUCAUAGAGUAUGGAGAAUAUAAGGAGAACCAGUAUGGAACCAGUAUAGAGGCCAUCCGCUCUGUUCAAGCCAAGAACAAGAUGUGCCUGGUGGACGUGCAGCCUGAGGCCUUGCACACCCUGCGGACUGCCGAGUUCAAGCCCUACGUUAUUUUUGUGAAGCCACGGAUCCCUGAGAGUCGGAGACGCCGCAGUGCCGCCACCUCGCCAGCAGGGGGAGAGCAUGGGAGAAUUACAGAGGAGGACAUGCAGGAGAUGCGACAGUCAGCCCAGCAGAUCGAGCAGCAGUACGGCCACCUGGUGGACCGGGUCCUGAUUAAAGAAGACUCCGCCAGCGCCUGCUCAGAGCUGCGAAGCAUUCUCGAGCGGCUGGAGAGAGAGGCCUUCUGGGUGCCCAUCAGCUGGGUCAGGAACUGAAGGCCGUCUACUGACUAAAACGGGACUGAACUCAUCCCCAUGAGGGGCACUGGACUUCUCUCCAUAUCCAUAGGACCCACCAAUGGGGUUGGCCGGCUGAGAGCUAGAUCUACGGAAGGUUCUGGAAACAAGAUUCUCGACACAAGCUCAGCCUGGGCCACACUGUACAAGACGGAAGGGAAGAGAACUGAAGAAUGAUGGAUGGAGCUCUUGUUGCUACUGAUUUGGCACUUGGUCGGGACAGGGUUUAAAAAUACCAUAAAACAUGCCGUGCCGUACACAGAUAUGCAUACUUGGACAGUGCAUACCCUGUAACCAUAUAUAUACCAUGCGUACACACACCCCGGCUGCUUCUAUUUUUAAUGACUGUUCACUUAUUUAAUUUAUUUAAACCUCUAUUUAAACUGACAUUAUUUAAGUUUAGUUUUAUUUUUGCAUCAUCAGUCACUAAGCAGUGAUAGCUUCAACAAAAAAGAACAGCAAUAGGACAGUGGAUUUGCUGUCAAUAGCAAUGAUACUGCUAAACUCAUGGACAAACACACACACUAUACAAGCACACAAGCUAUAAUAUUACAAAAUUAAAAUAUGAAUGUCUGUGUUUUACAAUCUAAUCUUUUACAGUACACUCUUAAGCACUUUCUGGACCGGAUUAGUUUCUCAAGGGGAUGUUUGUGAAAAAUAUUUCACACUUCUACUAAAAAUGCAUCUGGACUGCAUUUGAAAAAACAGGAGGACCAGUGUCACGUGACAUCUUGUUCAGUAGCUCCUCCAUUUCCACCUCCUGUUGUUUUUACGUGGAUCUCCAUGGAAACGUGCGCCCAAAGUGUAAUUAUGGUGCAUGGCAGUGGACAAAUAGAUAAUUUAUUAAAUUAACGGAGGACUACGGAGUUCAGCGAAAAACAGUAGGUAAUUUUAGCCUGUAAUUUGCUCAGGGGACGUCAGAGAAAAUACAUACAUGGUCAAUCCAGAUGGGAAUAAAAUUACAGAGAAAAUCACCACAGGACCCCCUGAGAAACUAAUCACGUCCAUGUAGGGCUUUAGGCUCAAUCCCAUUUCUCAUUUUUACUCCUACUCCUUGUUUCUGUGUGCCACCCUUUUCCUAGGAAUUGAGAUACAAGGGGAAGUGGUUGAAAAUCUCCCAUUAAGAAAAGGGACAGCCCUUCACAAAACCAAUAUGUCAUCUAUGCCAUCAAAUACAUAAAUGUAUAACAAAAUAACAUAAUCUUCAUUAACAGGCUACUAUUGAUGCUCUGUAGCUGACCCUGCUCUUCUUUAGCACCCUGUUCGCAGUUUCCCAUGGGAAAUUUAUCUGGCAAGCUAGCCAACUACCGACACAAACUACUACCCAGAAACCAGCUCAGCUGGUGUGGGCUACGACACAAAUGUGGUUUAAACUUGGCAACAGGAGAGUUGGCAAUUGAGGCACAGGUUGUUUCCCAUACUAUACUUUUUGGGGCUGUACAAUAUAUCAUUCCAGUAUUUAGUGUCAAUGUGAAAGUAUAUUAAAGAAGAUUUUUUUUUUGCCCAGAAGCCUACCAUUUGUAACAUUUACAUUUUGCUCAAGGCUGUUCAUAUUACAAAGUUGGGCCAAUGUAGUGUUGGGAGUCUUGCCCAAGGACUCUUAUUGGUGUACCACAGUAUAGUCAUCCAGACUGGGAAUUGAACCCCAGUCUCCCAUAUGAUAUGGUAGCUCACAAGCAGGCGGUGGUGUUAUCCUCUGCACCAAAACAACCACUCUAGUUAAAAGGUGGAAAAUUCAGAAAAUCAGGAGUUCUCAUUUUUCCUGAAAUUCAGAUUCAGAGCAAAUAAAAAUGAAAACGAUUGAAACCCUGUUAUUUUUACUAUUCUUAUACUAUAUUGAAUGGACCAAAUGAAAUGAAAGUUUUAUGGACAAUUUCUUUUUGCAAAUUUAGCUCCAAAUGAUCAGAGAAUUGAACUGAUAAACAAUAUGCUAACCAAUGACUUCUGAUAAAAUCUGAUAGAAAUGUAAUAUUAAUUAAUAUCACAGUAUACAGCUCUGGAAAAAAAUAAGAGACCAUUUAAAAAUGAUGAGUUUCUAUGAUUUUACCAGAUAAAAAAACUGGAUGGAUGAUCAAAAGCCAUCAAACCAAGCUGAACUGCUUGAAAUGUUGCACCAGGAGUGGCAUAAAGUUAUUCAAAAGCAGUGUGUAAGACUGGUGGAGGAGAACAUGCCAAGAUGCAUGAAAACUGUGAUUUAAAAAAUCACAAAUAUUGAUUUCUGAACUAUAUAAACUUGUUCUCUUUGCAUUAUUGAGGUCUGAAAAUAAUCUUUUUUGUUAUUUCAGCCAUUUCACAUUUUCUGCAAAUAAAUGCUGUAAAUGACAAUAUGUAUUUUGAAAUUGGGAGAAAGGUUGUCUGUAGUUUACAGAAUGAAACAACAAUGUUCAUUUUAUUUAAACAUAUACCUAUAAAUAGCAAAAUCAGAGAAACUGAUUCAAAAACUAAAGUGGUCUCUUUAUUUUUUCCAGAGCUGUAUAUUGAAGAAAUGGAAAAUAUUACAAUGCCCAUAUUUUCCAAUAUCAUCCAGCCCUAAAAUUCAGCAACUGGGGUGUUGGCAUAAGCUGCGCAUUAGGGCCAGAAUCUGGCCUAGAUUCAAACUAGACCGGAAAUUUGGCCCAGAAUGCCUGGGUAGUGAUUUUUUUAUGUUUUUUUAUGUUUUUUUAUGUUUUAGCAAAUAAAAUACUGCAUUUGUGAGUCUAUUUUUAUUUGGAGGGCCAUUUAGCCCAAACAUUACACCCUACUCCUCUAUCCAAGCAAGAAUUAAGACGCCAUACUCCUAAUAGAGGGGUAGGGUGAAGUGUUGGGGGCAAAGGGUGAAAUGGGAUUGGGCCUUAAUCUUUCUACUUUUUUACUUCUACUUUUAAAAUUACAGGUGCAAACAACAAUGGUUGUUUGAGCCUGGGAUGCCAUAGAAGAACCACUUUUGGUUCCACAUAGAGCCAAAAGUCUUUUACAAACAUGCUUCUUAAUGGGUCCUAAAGUGAUUCUCCUAUGGAAUCCCUCAAAGAACCAUUUGAGGAACCUCUAUAUUUAAGAAUGUACAGCCUAAAUCUGCUGCAGCUAAUAGGCUAGGCUAGGCUAGUUAAUUACACUAGAAAAAUGCUGCCAUUCAUCCAAAACAUUCACACAGUAGAUUUAUGUUAUCCAACACAGAGGUAGCAGUGAAGGUCUUAAUAAUGCAUGACCAAAAAAAGAAAUCCUAUUUUUUAACAAUACAAUACAGAACAAGUAGCCUUCCACUGUGCCAAUGUUUUUGUAGCACUUCGCCGUGUCCUCUUGACCCAAGAGAAGCAACUGCGCUGGUUUUAGUAGGUGGAUAUACAUGUGUAUCCAUUAUGUAAAUAUGUAACAAUAAUUCAACAACUCAGUAAGGUCAUCGCAUCGGUCAUUCACUGUUAUUGAGACAGGACUGUAUGUGUGAACUGAAUGUUUAUGUGUGCAUAAUACAUCUGAUCUGACUCCCAACUUCAAGCAGUGCUCAUUUAUUAUUCAGCUGUUGUCUGGCAGUGGGAGCUUUCACACAAGACAAGAACAUUUAUAUUAGUGUGCUGGUAGAACCCAUUUAAAAAGCAUUGCAAGCAUUAAUAUAAAUUGGAAGGAUAAUAGAGGUUACCAGGAACAAUAAUUGAUUAAAAAUUACACUGAUAAGUGCAAUAUUUAUUGUAGCACAGCAUGCCGCAUGUCUCGGCAUGGAAUUGUAGAGGUUCCUAAUGCUGUACUGCGAUUGAAUCUUCAGCUGAUCAGUGAUAAAACUUUGAGCAUGUUUGUGACACUUUAUUAAAAACCAGAAAUCAUU